UCAUGGCCAAAAAGCAGGAAAAUUACUCUGUUACAGUACCAUUACUGAUUAGCUAUGGAGAUGUUGGAAAAAAGGCUGUAAAGGAGGAGGAGCAAUACACAAACAUAGGCACUGCUUCUUUCAUCAGUACUUGUUUCAAUUGUCUCAAUGCUCUCUCAGGAGUUGGAAUACUUUCAAUUCCAUACGCAUUGGCGUCAGGAGGAUGGUUAAGCUUGAUACUACUUUUUGUAAUUGCUGGCUCAACCUUCUACACAGGAUUGCUAAUCAAAAGAUGUAUGCAUCUUGAUUCAACAAUAAGAAGUUACACUGACUUGGGCGAUCGUGCAUUUGGGAAAACAGGGAGGAUGAUAGUAUCUGUUGCUAUGAAUGUCGAACUCUACUUAGUUGCGGCCGGCUUCAUGAUCCUAGAAGGUGAUAACUUGAGUAACUUAUUCCCAAACAUGGACUUUGAUAUUUAUGGCACUCAUAUUGGUGCAAAAAGUGGAUUUGUGGUUCUAUUUGCUAUCAUUGUACUUCCAACUAGUUGGUUAAACAGCAUGAGUCUUCUUUCCUACAUAUCAGCUAGUGGUGUUCUAGCGUCCGUGGUCAUCCUAUGCUCGAUUUUUUGGGCUGGUGCAUUUGAUGGUAUUGGGUUUCAAGUAACUGGUAAAGCCGUAAACUGGAAUGGUAUCCCAUCAGCCAUAAGCUUAUAUGCAUUCUGCUACUGUGCUCAUCCAGUUUUCCCUACCCUGUAUACUUCCAUGAGAAACAAACGGCAAUUCUCAAAGGUCAUGAUAGUCUGUUUUGCCUUCUGUACAUUUACUUACACAUUGAUGGCGGUUAUUGGCUACCUUAUGUUUGGUUCUGAUGUACAGUCACAAAUUACCUUAAACCUUCCUACCAACAAUAUAAGCUCAAAAGUGGCCAUAUGGACCACCCUUGUUACUCCAAUAGCCAAAUAUGCGCUAAUGCUCACACCAGUUGUCAACACCAUUGAAGCUUGGUUUUUGCCUUCUUGCAACCACAGGUCUCGUAGUUUCUUAAUAAGGACUAUCUUGAUGAUAAGCACGGUCAUCAUAGCCCUGUCUGUCCCCUUUUUUGGUUAUCUAAUGUCACUCGUGGGAGCACUCUUAAGCGUCACAACUUCGUUAACAAUACCAUGCUUGUGCUACUUGAAAAUUUCAGGGACUUAUGGGAGAGUUGGAGUUGAGAUGGUGAUUGUUUGGUUGGUUGUGUUAAUUGGCCUAAUUGUGGCUGCCGUGGGUACUUACGUAUCAUUCAUGGAUAUUAUAAUCAACCUAGGAGCAACAAGUUAACUUUCGAGCUAUCUUUUAGCGAGUGUUAAUUGCAAAUAGUCAAGUUCCCAAGUAUAACAAUAUGUAACAGAUCACAGUUCUGCAAUGAAGUACAAAUCCAUUAGGUAAUCACUCGCUAACUUUUAGCUUAGCCCGUGUGUUAUUGUUUUGCAUUUUGUUUUUAAGUCAUACA